AUGGAGUCUCUGAACGCCCUGGAGCUGCGCGAACUGGGGGAUGACAGCAGGCGUGUUCGCCGCGAGGCCUCGUCAUCGCAGCAACCUCUGCGUUCAGGACCUCGGACAGAUCCUGGGGUCGGCAUUGAAAACGCGUCAUUUCAGGACGAGGAGAACGAAACGAGGUUUAGGAGUCACCCCGGCUCAUCGGCUCAAGGCUCUACAUCGCACAGAAACUAUCAGUCAAAUCCGCCGCAUUUUCAAAGACAUGAACUGUCACCUCGCUCUGACGAAGAACCUGAGCCCGACUACAGUGACCACUCCGUUGAUUAUGGGUUUAUUUUCGCUCUUGUGUUUCUCGUGAGUGGCAUCGUCCUCGUGGUGAUCGCAUACACCAUCCCCAGGGAGGCUAAAGUCAAUCCAGAUCUGGUAACGGCGCGCCAGAUGGAGAAACUGGAGAUGUACUAUGCACAACUCGGCUCCCACCUCGACAAGUGCAUCAUAGCAGGGUUAGGUUUGCUAACUCUGGGUGGGAUGCUUUUAUCAAUCUUGCUAAUGGUGUCCAUAUGCAAAGGCGAGCUUUACCGACGCAGGACUUUUGCCAUGUCAGGCAGACUGAGGAAAACCUACGGAUCCAUUAAUAUGCGAAUGAGACAGCUAGCAGAAGGUGAGGGAAGGGAGACUCUGGUAGAAUGUCAACCAACCUCCGGUACCGCCGUGCGGGCGACUAGUGCUGAUGAGGUUACCCCAGCGCCAGGUAGACGGCAAGAACACUAG